GUGCGCAUCGGGGCGGCGCGCGGCGGCGGCGCGAUGGAGGGGGCGCGCGCGGGGCGGACGGCCGGGCUGGCGCGCGACGUGCUGGAGCGGGCGCGGCGGAGGCGGCGGCGGCCGGCGGGACGGCUCCCGGCCUCGGGCCCGGAGGAAGAUUCGGAGCGGCUCAGCGCGGCGUUCGCUUCCAUCGUGAACCUGAUGAAUCAAGCCACGAGGGAGUGCGAGAAAUACUAUAGCUUCAUGGCAGCCUGUAGAUGCAAAGAGCAUGAAAUCAAACACAUCUGCAGAUACCAUGGCAGGCAAGCAGGGGAGAGAGAGCUGGAGUCCUCCGAAGAAGAGGGUCCUGAAGCCUCUGUAGCACCCAGUCAAGCUCGAACUUGCCAGCGACAUAGCAGACAAGCUUCUGAAGACAUCUACAUUGAAGUUUCUCCUGGCACCUAUUCUGUCACAGCGACCUCAGAGGACAUGGUGCAGCAAACCCACGUGGUGGAUGUCAAUGCAGGACAAAGCAUUGAUUUAACUUUUGUUCUAUGAUGUUUGCUGUUUCAAUCACAGGAAUAAAACACAAGGCUGUUUUAAUGCAUGUAAUGAACUAUGUAUAUCUUUUUAUUGGUAGCACUUUAAUCGUAUCCUCCUCUUUGGGACUCCAUUUUUAUGGCCUGUAUAUUUGUUUUCUACUUAAUGCAACUGUAUGCAGCCCACUUUGUACACUGAUUUUUAUAAAUAUUUGUAUAUUGUGUGCCUUAAAUCCAGUUAUGUGACUGUGUAAUUCCAGGUUCUUAUGCUUUAAACAACUAAAGGUACAAUCAGUGGAAUAAAAUACAUAAUUCAG